GAGAGGAACAGAACAGAGUUGUAACAUAGGGAGCAAGUAGCAACGGCGAUAGAGGUUAUAGAGAUCGCCACUAUCGCCGUCGCCGUCGGCCUUUGGUGGGUCAAAUGCAGAAGAGGUAACGACCAAAAAUGUCCUCUCACGACCGAGCUGCAGCGUCUUUCUCCGCAAAGAUCACCCUAGCGGCCGAUGGCGCCGUCAUCGGCCUAAUGUUGGCCUACUUAGCGAUACGAAGCAUUAUCGAUUUCAGUAGCACCUCUUCAGCACUUCGCAAAAUCCGCCGAGCUCCAGCCGUUCAAGUUUCCGAUCUCCGCAUCCUCCUGUCUUCUCCCGACGACAACAACAAUAGCGAUAACACCAGCAACGUCGGCGAUUCUGAAGCCACUGACGGAAAGCUUCUUGUCGUUCGUGGUCACGUCGAGGCGAAAUCGGUGGUCGAUGGGAAUUGGAGAAACUUGAGGCCUAACGUUCUGGUCUCGCAUGAGUCCGUGGAGAGAGGAGUUGUGUUACAGAGAACACAGACGUGUAUCUACAAUGAGUGGAGAGAACCGUUUGGAUGGAUGAUAUCUGACUUGCGCAACGUCAUUGGAAGAUCCUGGAAAGAACAGAAGUCUACCUCAUCAAAAACGGUUCCAUUUAUUCUUGUUGAAGGUGGGUGGCCACGUACUGAUUAUGUUAUUGUCAAUUUGGAUGGUUCAAGGCAUCCUUUACCUCUUAUGACGGUUUAUCAUCAGUUGCAGCCAGUCCGUGCUUCUCCCUAUACUUUCCUCCAGGCACUUUUUGGUCAUGAAUAUCCCGUUGGUUUGCUAGAUGAAGAGAAAAUUCUUCCACUGGGAAAGGAAAUAAGUGCAGUUGGCAUUUGCAGAUUGCAAGAUGGAACUCCUGAGAUUAAGUCUUGCAAGGACCUUCCCAUUUUCUUGUCCGACAUGACCAAGGAGCAGAUGGUGGUAGAUCUUGCUGUUAGGAAUUUUCUGUUAUGGAGUGGCAUUCUUCUUGGCUCAUUGUCAUUUGGUAUUUUAGGCUACGCUAUUGUUAGGAACUGGAAUAGAUGGAAAGAAUGGAGACAGUUAAGGCAGGCCCAUCAGCCUGCUGAUGCUGAAAUUGAAAGAGAUGAGGAUGUUGGUGAUAUUCCGGAUGGCGAUUUGUGUGUGAUUUGUUUGCUGCGGAGGCGGCGAUCUGCUUUUCUUCCAUGUGGGCAUCUAGUUUGCUGCCAAGGCUGUUCCCUAUCAGUUCAGUGUGGAUCAGCUCCUAAGUGCCCUGUGUGUAGGCAGACCAUUGGGACUUCCAUUAGAAUUUACAGUACUUGAAUGUACUAGUCAAUACCAGUCUCUCCCUUGAACUUCUGUAGUUUUGCUUCUAAUAUCUUCCCUCUGAAAAUUCUUAAGUGUUGUAAAAAUCGUCAGUCUGUGUAAAGGACUACUGUUGAAAUGCUGCAAAUGGUUUGAGGAUGGAUGCCUUGUAAAUAUCGUCAGUUUUAGUGUGAAGGACUCUACAGUCUA